AUGCCUACUCCAAGUAUCGGGAAACGACGUGUACCACCAGAUCGACCAACGAGUAGUAGUUGGGUUCGAGAAAAUUUUGUCGUUGGCGGUGUGCUUGGUUCAGGUACUUUUGGCAAUGUGUAUCAAAUAAAAUGUCGUCGUGAUCCUGGUACAUCAUAUGCGAUGAAAGAAUUAGCAAGGAAUAAUUUACCAAAAUUUAUCGCUAUGGAAUUACGCAUUCUGCAACGUUUUGGUGGUGUUCAUAACAUUAUGAGGAUCCAUGCAGCUCAUCGAGAACGUGAUCGUGUUUUCAUUGUUAUGGAUUACUUUGAGCAUACUCCUACUAAGGAAAUCAUGGCUUCAGUCACAGUACCAGAAAUCCUGGAUUAUAUGAAGAAUUUAUUGGAUGCAUUGAGGUAUCUACAUGGGAAAGGUAUCAUUCACCGGGAUGUUAAGCCGUCUAAUUUUCUGUACAAUCGAUCGAAACAUAAGUAUUGUUUGAUAGAUUUUGGUCUUUGUGAAGAAAUGUCUGAUGGUCAACCGGAGAAAAAUGUGAGAAAUCAUCAUGGCAUAGGAGAACGAAAUGCACUGAAAAACCUUAAGGUGUCAGAUCAAAAUCUUAAGAUUUGUGAAAAGAGUGAAGCAAGAAAAGGUGUUAAACGAAAAAGAUGUGAAUGUCACGGUUUGCCACGUGUGUGUGACGUAUGCACCAAGAGACCUCGACUUCAUGUCAACAAAGCCGGUACACCAGGUUUUCGGGCCCCUGAAGUGCUCCUUAAGUAUCGGCAUCAAACUUCUCUGGUUGACAUCUGGUCAGCUGGUAUUACAUUCUUAUCUUUACUUUGCCGUAAGCACCCAGUAAUGCGACCAAAUGAUGACUAUGAAGCAAUUGGACAAAUGGCUAUUAUUUUUGGUUCGGAGCCAAUUGAACAACUUGCACAGAAAAACAAUUCAGUUUUGUUAGCUAGCUGGGAUUUUCCUGGUCUUGAUAUGGUCAAAUUUGUGUAUGCCAUCCGGAAUGAAGAAAUACCGCCACAAGGUAAAUACUGUGAUACCUGUAGGAACCUAUUUUUCGGCAAUUAUGGUGCGAAGUGCAUGUGUCGCGUAUCUGAAGAACAUUCGUUGAGACAACUUGCUCCUGAUGAACGUCAGGUAUUUGAAAUAUUGAAAAGGUGUCUUAUCGUUGAUCCAGAUGUACGGUACACUGCUGAAAUGCUUGCAGCAUCAUUCUCUUAA